GCCGCUCCUCCCGGGCCAGGACCCAUCGCUGAGGAGCCCCUCCUCGUGGUCCCCCCUCGGCUCGCUGGGCCCGCCGGGUCCGGCCGGCGCCCUCCCCGCCUCCGAGGCCGGCCCAGCUCAGCCGAUGGCCGGCGGAGGGUGGACGCUGCCCGGCGGGGACUUCCUCUCCCCGCAGCCGCCGGCCUCCCAGCCGGAGCAGCAGCCGCCCCCGCCGCCGGCGCCGCCCCCGCCCCCGGAUGCCGCCGACGCCGCGGCGGAGAAGCCGGCCCUGGAGCCGUGGCGCGAGGCGCAGGAGAGCGACCGGCACUGGGCGCUCCGCCGGCAGUUCCUGCUCCGCAACCUGCCCGGCCACCCGGGCGCGGACGCCUUCCAGCGGCUGCUGGCGCUCUCCCACGUCUGGAGCAACCACGUCUUCAUGGGGUGCAGAUAUGGCUCCCAAGUUAUGGAGAAAGUCCUCCAGAUGGCGGAAGGGAUCGAUGUUGGUGAGAUGCCAUCCUUCGAGUUGGUGCCUGGCACUAAGGCAGCCAAAAGACCACGGUCCCCACUUGAUGACUCUCCCCAUAGCUGCGAAGCUCCAAGAAAGCAAGUCCCCAAAUUCCGUGUCAGGCCUCGCUUUGAGCCAAUCCACUUUGUCGCCAGCAACACCCAACAGCAGAGAAAAGAGCGGUCUUCAGAAAACCAAACACAAGACGCCUGUGAGAACAUCACUGCCCAGCAAAUCCAAACCUAUGCUGAUCGGGUUUUUAGCAGCUUCAGCGCCCAAGAUGGGGACCCCCAGUUUUCAAGUUCAGUAGGGUUAGGCUAUGGAAGUAGCCAGGUCAAACCGCCUGAAGCUAAGGGGGUUCCAAAAAGUAAAGAGACUUCUACUGCUGGGGGUACAGUGGCUUCUGAGGCAUCUCCUCUUCUCCAAGCCUCUUCCGAAACCUUCCCCAAAUCUGUUGUAACAGCCAAGCAGUGUUUCAUUAACAAGCUCGUAACGGCAGUCCGCAACAAUCUUGCUAACCCUGACUGUAGCGGCGGGUCGGACAAAAUUAACUACACGUAUCUUUUGACGCGGUCAAUCCAGGCUUGCAAGACGAACCCCGAGUAUAUUUAUUCUCCCCUGAAGGACAUUUCCCUUGCUGAUCUUCCCAUGAAGAAGAAACUCCUCAAGGAAGGUUUUGCCUGCGAGGUGAGGUGUCAGAAUGUGUAUCUGACCACAGGCUACGCGGGCAGCAAAAAUGGUUCCAGGGACCGAGCGACCGAGCUGGCAGUGAUGCUGCUACAAAAGCCCGUCGAAGUCAAAGUGGCUCAGCGGAAGUUCAAGAGUGCCACACGGGAGGAUUUGGUUUUGUGCGAGAGUGGGGCAUCUCCUUCUGAGUUCCCACCAGCGCUCAAACCGCUGGAUGACUUGAACCCCCCCGUGAAGGACGGUGUGUCGGGGCAGCCAAGUUCUGAUCCUCAGCAAGGGCCCAGUUCGGCAAAGCAUUGGACUAACUUUGUCCUCACUGAAAAUGCCAGUGAUGCAAUUGGCAUUUUGAACAAUUCUGCCUCUUUUAACAAAAUGACUGUUGAAUACAAAUACCUGCUGAUGCCCAACCGUCUGUGGCGUUGCAGUGUCUAUUUGCAGGGCCACCUCUUAGCCGAAGGCUACGGCACCAAGAAAACCAGCAAGCAUGCUGCAGCGGAUGAAGCCGUAAAAAUGUUGCAGAAGACUCAGUCCAACGCAGGGGCCGCCAAAGCCAUCCAGGUCCAGAAAGUGGGUGGGGCUGCCCGCAACCCUGCUAAGAAGAAGAACCUGAAGGACCUUGUGGUGUAUGAAAACUCCAUGAAUCCGGUCUGUACUCUGAAUGACACCGCUCAGUUCAAUAAGAUGACGGUGGAAUAUGUCUUUGAAAGGAUGACUGGAAUGCGGUGGAAGUGUAAAGUGAUGCUUGAGAAUGAAUUAAUCGCCGAAGCGAUCGGCGUGAAGAAGACGGUCAAACACGUGGCAGCCGAGGAGGCUGUGAAAGCCCUCAAGAAAACCCAGCCGACCGUGGUCAAUAAUUUGAAAAAGGGCACCAUUGAAGACGUGAUUUCCAGGAAUGAGAUUUGCGGGCGCUCAGCCGAAGAAGCACUGAAGCAGCAGAUUAAGGAAGACAACAUUGGGAAUCAGAUUUUAAGGAAAAUGGGCUGGACAGGGGGCGGCCUGGGCAAAAGUGGGGAAGGGAUCCGGGAGCCCAUUGCGGUGAAGGAGCAGUUCAAAAGGGAAGGGCUGGGACUUGAUGUUGAAAGAGGGUCACAGAUCACCAAAAAAGAUAUUGAGCAAAUCAUCCAAAAUUACGCUUUCUCGGACAGGAAGAUUGAUCUGACUUUUUCCACAGAACUCACCAACGAUGAGCGAAAGCAGAUCCAUCAGAUAGCUCAAAGAUACGGGCUUAAAAGCAAGUCCCACGGCCAGGGCCGCGAUCGGUAUCUGGUGGUGAGCCGAAAGAGGCGCAAAGAGGACUUGCUAGACCAGCUGAAGCAAGAUGGCCAAGUUGGCCAUUAUGAACUCAUAAUGCCACAGGAGAAAUAGGGCAGAAACCCUCCGUUUCUCCCAAGGAGUCUGGACAGGAACCAGAUUUCCAUUAAACCGAGCAAAGGCUGUAUAUUGUUGUGGAAAAAUUGAUUCGAAUGUUUUCCCUGCUCAUUUUAAUUUCUUGAACUUCACUAGAAAAUGUUGCAACUGUCUCCAGAGUUCUGUCCAAAUACAUGUCGUGCAAUCUGGAUAACGUUUGUGCCAUUUACCUGUUUUAGGAGUCUCUCAGAAGUGGCUUUUUUUUCCUUCACAUUUUAUUAGUCUGGUAAUAGCAGGAACAUCUGCUCAGCAGGGAAGGAGAGGGGCCCUCACACCAUUUUCUAAAAGGAUUCUCUUUUUAUUUUGCCUUUUUAAGACAAAAGGGAUAAAAGAGAAAGAUAGCAGUAUAAAUAUAUAUAUAUAUAUAUAUAUAUGUAAAGUUGGUCUUAAUAAUAAAUAGAUUUUAUUGCUGGGCAUGCAUGGAAGGGCAUGUUUUCUAUUUAAAAUGUUGCGGGUAUAAAGGGACACACUAUUUUCAGCAUAUUCAAAUGUGGUAUCACUACAGUAUUUGACCAUUUGGUUUACCUGAACCAUGCAAAAACCACGAAACCAGGAUGGGAUGCAGAAAUAGCAAAUCCUAAAGAUCUUUCUUUCGUUACUAUCAAACACC